GUUAGUGAGAGAAGUAGAUAGGGUUUUGAAACUGACAUUUCCCGACACAUGUUUUGGUCUUUUAUUUUAGUAAGAUUUAAGUUCUUCACAUGUAGAAAACAUGCUAUAUUGAUAUCAAUUUAAAAGGCCAUCAGCAAGUUUAGGACUGCUCAUGACGCCAGGUUUCAAUUGCACAUUAAAGUUAGCCCGCUAUAGAUAUCUAGGCUGUUAGACAUACUUUUUUAAAAUUGAUUAUUUCGUCGCUUUUUGUAGACUUUAUAUGCCGAUACAUUUGCUGCAUUUAAUUUCGAAAUGCGAAAUUAAGGGACGUGUUUAGUGUUCAGUCUCACUGGUAAUGUGUGUGUGUGUGCUGAACUCAUCGACCUCUACACGCAAAUCGAUAUACAGUCGACAUGUUUAUUUUAAGACAUACAUUUUAAGUGAUAUUCUUUAACUUGACGUCGUGUGAUACUAUAGGCUAACAAACAGACAGUGACUCAGUAUAAAUGUAUCUAGACGCUCAGUAUUUUGAACGGCACUAGGCUCCUUCAAAAUCUUCUGAUUCGUUUCGGUUUAGGGCUAGAUUAAGUAUAAACUAUCUGGAAAACGAAUCAAGUGUUUUUAUACGAAUCGUUUUAAACGUGGAUGAGGGAGUAUUUCCCCCUUUAACUUUCAUUAUUUUGAUCGAUGGCUAAGAGUGAAAACACACCGCCUCGUAUGUAACGCUAGAAAAGAAACCCAUAAAUCUUUCCAAAGGUGUUUUGCAUGCAAAGAUUAUUUGCCAAAUAAUGUUUAUUUGGAAAAUAAAGUAACACAUUUGGAGAACAGAUUUGGUUAAGAUCAAGAAAUCCUCACAAACAGCUGUGGUUUCGCUAGCCGGUGUGCUAGCCUUCACCUCAGCUCCCAGAAAUGUCGAUUAUCUCCAACGAAGCUGUGGUCUUGAUAAAAGAUGUAAAGCCCGGAUCGAAAAACCUAAAUAUCGUCUUUAUAGUUUUGGAAAUCGGUCGGGUGACCAAGACAAAGGACGGGCACGAGGUGCGCUCGUGCAGAGUGGCGGAUAAGAGCGGCAGCAUCGCCAUCUCUGUGUGGGAUGAGCUGGGGAGCCUCAUCCAGCCAGGGGACAUCAUACGCCUUACAAGAGGUUAUGCCUCCAUCUGGAAGGGCUGCCUUACACUGUACACUGGACGAGGAGGAGACUUGCAGAAAAUAGGAGAGUUCUGUAUGGUGUAUUCUGAGGUUCCAAAUUUCAGUGAGCCAAAUCCAGAGCUUCUUGCGAAAGCUAACCAACAGAACAAGACUGGUAAAGAACAGCGGGGAAAUUCUCCACCGAAUCAAAAUGCAGGUACACCUGCGCAAACAGGAAAUGGUACUGUGCCAGUGCUUCCCAGUAACAAUGCUGCACUUGUGCCUCGGGAUACCAACUUUGGAUCUCCAGGAAGACCCAACGGGCGUGUUCCAGGCAAUGGGCCACCCUCAGUAACUGUAGGGGGACCUCCUGCUCUACCCAAACCCACAGUCCCCAUUAGCAAUGGCAGGGACCUGAGAAGGGCUUUAAAGAGAUGAGACGUUUACUGCAAAAGCACUUUUCCUGUUCCUACUCCCUUAAAUCUUCCCACAAACCAUCCUAAAAUACACAUAACAAAACUGCCAAUCAAGAGAUACAAGGUUUGAUGUUACAGAUUUUGCCACCUGUGUUUUUGCCUUCUCAAUUUCCAAGAACUGCAUUGUAUAAUUAUGAUUUGGCGAUCACAAAAGUUUAGAAUUCAACUUGUUUAAUUCAAUACACAUUCCGUAAAGGUUGGCAUCCUCUCCACCCAUUAAGUGCCAGUUCAAUAACCCACCACGUAUGUCCUUUCUCUAAACGUGUUGUUAAACUAUACACCCUACUUGAACACUUGAUGCACUUUCUUCUCUUAAUUUAUAGUGAACUCUUAACUAUAAUGUAAUUCAGGAAUGGUUUACUGCUGUUGCAAACAGGGGAAUUUAACUUUUUAAAGUGAAUGACUACUUUGUGUUCUUUCCCCUCCCUUUUGCCAAAAAUAACCAGAAGUGACCAUGUAAAGGGAAAGGUGAUAGUUUAAUUGGACACUUAAGAUUAUUUAAUUAGGAAUAAAUCAAAAAGGAACAAAGUUGAUAAUAAAUCCCUGUGGUUGUGUUAUUGUUGACUUUACACUUAAUCUGAAGAGUUUUGCCUAUUCAGUGAUUGAAUGAGAUAUAUACUUUUAUAUUGUGCAAUGUGACUACACUAAAAUGCUCUGCCUAUUGUUGUACUGUAACACCUUUGUUAAUGUUAUGCUAUAUAAUGUAUAAAUGUACAGAUACUUUAGGGACAGGGUUUUUUUUAGCUUUUAGCCUAACACUUCCAUUUUAUUUGUAUUAGCCUAGUAGUUCUAAACAUGUGGCACCUUCAGUCAAGCGGUAUCACUUAACAAUAAGGUUCUAUUUGUUAACAUUAGUUAAUGCAUUAGGUAUCAUGAAAGAACAAUUAGCAAUGUUUUUAUUACAUCUUUGUUAGUUUUAGUUAAAACAAAAAUGUAAAUUUUUAAUUCAUAGUGCAUUAACGUUAAUGAUAACUUGAUUUUGAAAGUGUUUUAGUACGUUGAAAUUAACCUUAACCAAGAUUAAAAAAAUGUCAUUUGAGGGGAUUUGAGUUCCCAGCAGUGGUCUACACUGCAUGGCUAAAAAAGAAAAGUCAUCACUGUUUGGAUUUAAGGCAGUGUUAUGAUCUGGGCUCAGCAAUUUUAUGCGUCAAUGAAAUUAAAUCAGCUGAAUAUACUGAAUGACCAGGUUUUCUCAUCAAUAUAAUUGUGAAAGAGUGGUUCAGGGAGCAUGAGUACUCAUUUUCACAUGUGAAUUGGACACUACAGAGUCCUGAUCUUACCCCAUUGAAAGCCUUUGAGAUGUGCUAGAGGAGACUUAACACAGAGGUUCGACUCUCCUGUCAUCAAUACAAGAUUUUGGCCAAAAAUGUAUGAAAAUCGGUAUGGAAAUAAAUGUUGUGACGUUGUAUAAGGUUUUCAAAACAAUGCCACGAUGAAUGUACGCGUAAUCCAAGCUAAAGGCGGUAGUGACGAUGGGAGAGACGAACCACUCUGUAAAGCCUUCUCCAGCACAUCCCAAAGACUUUCAAUGGUGUUUUGGUCAGGACUCUGUGGUGGCCAAUUCAUGUGUUAAAAUGAUUCCUCGUGCUCCCUAAACCACUUUUUUCAAUUUGAGCCAAAUGAAUCUUGGCAUUGUCGUCCUGGAAUAUUCCUGUGCCAUCAGGGAAGAAAAAAUCCAUUGAUGGUAUAACUUGGUCCUUCAGAAGAUUCAGAUAGUCAGCUGACUUCCUUUUAUUGCCGCAUAGCGUUGCAAGCCUAGACCUGACCAAUUGAAUUAACCCCACAUCAUAACGCUGCCUUAAAUCCAAAUGGCUAUUUUUUGUUUGUUGUUUAAACGUGUGUAUCAGGUAGUGUCUCUUUCUGCAGUGUUUAAGACUACAGAACUUGGUACUUUUACCAUUUCCAGCUAUAUCUCAGGUGCCAAUGCAGGACCCAAAUGAGUGGACUUCUUUGAAUAUAUAAUGUGCAAUAUGACAUUAUUAGACAAUACCUUAAUAUAUUAAUGUCAUGUUUCUGCCAGUUCUUGUGUUUAAUGUUAGCUCACAAGCAUAUGGAAGCACUAAAAUACAAUUAGCCAGGGUUGGACCAUACCAAGUAAUAAUUGGUUUAUUUGAGGGGGAAAUGCAAAGUUAUGGGUAAGUAUGUCUCAUGUUACCUUUUCAUUCCAAAUCUAAAUAGGAAUGUGUCCACACAUUCAAUUCGUUCUGCUCCAUACUAUUAAAAAUGAUACAAGAAUGUGCUUAUAAUGCACAAUGAUUUUCAAAAUGUAUUUGCCAAGUGGUUCUCUUGAAAAAUAUUUUACCCAAAAGAACCUAGAAGUCGAUGUGUUUAGCACUGAAUUGAUUAUAAACCGUGUAAUAGCUUUGUUGUAAUAUGAGUGUCUAUAAAUUGUAAAUUUGUAAACUUAACACCUUUGUCACAGCGGCCAU